UCAGAAUCAGCUUGUCAUCAAAAUAGCGUCUUCGUGCACUCCGGGGCCACUCGCUGGCUCAAUUCACGCCGACGCGUUCGUAGUUUUUAAGUUCUCUUCUGGAUAACAAAUCGGGAGAGCAACAGAUAUUUUGUACACCACGUGCGUCCGAUUCGAUAUAUACGAAAGAUAAUGCGCCCGUAAGCCGUAAGUGUGGGACAUGGACAUAAAAAUGGAAAUUUUUGUUGCUGUUCUUUUCCUCAGUUCCGGUGCCGUGUCGGCGGUUCGUGGUUAUUCGUGGCCCAGCGAGGAAACGACCACCAGGUCGAAUAAAGACUACCGUAACGACCCAUUGGUAGUGGAAACCAAUAGCGGAUUCGUGCGUGGACAUGCGAAAACCGUGCUCGGUAGAGAAGUUCACGUGUUUACAGGUAUUCCUUUUGCAAAACCUCCAAUAGAGCAAUUAAGAUUUAGACGGCCAGUGCCAAUUGAUCCUUGGCACGGAGUGCUAGAUGCUACGAAACUACCAAACUCGUGCUACCAGGAACGCUACGAAUAUUUCCCUGGAUUCGAAGGUGAGGAAAUGUGGAACCCGAACACAAAUAUCUCAGAAGACUGCCUUUAUUUGAAUAUUUGGGUUCCGCAGCGUUUGCGCAUUAGACAUCACGAUAAUAAGCCUCCAAUGGAACGACCAAAAGUUCCAGUGCUGAUAUGGAUAUACGGAGGCGGCUAUAUGAGCGGUACGGCCAGCCUCGACAUUUACGAUGCCGAUAUAAUUGCUGCGACCAGUGACGUCAUUGUAGCCUCAAUGCAAUACCGAGUCGGUUCGUUUGGUUUUUUGUAUCUCAACAGAUUUUUCCCUAGAGGUAGCGAGGAAGCGCCUGGAAAUAUGGGUUUGUGGGAUCAAGCCUUGGCAAUACGGUGGAUAAAAGAAAACGCUAAAGCUUUCGGUGGAGAUCCAGAAUUGAUUACUUUAUUCGGAGAGUCUGCUGGUGGAGGUUCGGUCAGCAUUCACCUACUGAGCCCAGUCACUAAAGGCCUAGCGAAACGCGGUAUCCUACAGUCGGGCACCAUGAACACACCUUGGAGCUACAUGUCGGGCGAACGGGCCGAAUCUAUUGGCAAAACUCUGAUCCAGGAUUGCGGCUGUAACAUUACGUUGAUGGAAAGUCAACCUCACGAUGUUUUGGAUUGUAUGCGCGCCGUCGACGCCAAAACCAUAUCUUUGCAGCAAUGGAAUUCGUAUUCUGGGAUAUUGGGAUUUCCUUCUACGCCAACUAUAGAGGGAGUGUUUUUGCCUAAACAUCCGAUGGAUAUGUUAGCUGAAGGUGAUUAUGAGGAUAUGGAGGUGCUGUUGGGGAGCAACCAUGAUGAAGGAACUUACUUUCUACUCUACGACUUUAUCGACUUUUUCGAAAAAGACGGGCCAAGUUUCCUACAAAGGGAAAAAUACCACGACAUUAUCGACACAAUUUUCAAGAACUUCACCAAACUUGAAAGGGACGCCAUAGUGUUCGAGUAUACGGAAUGGGAACACGUGAACGAUGGUUAUUUGAAUCAAAAAAUGGUCGGAAAUGUCGUAGGCGAUUACUUUUUCGUUUGUCCGAUGAACGAGUUUGCCGAAAAGGCAGCUGAACGAGGCAUGAAAGUCUACUAUUAUUAUUUUACUCAUAGGACAAGUACGUCAUUGUGGGGCGAGUGGAUGGGCGUAAUGCACGGAGACGAGAUAGAAUACGUGUUCGGUCACCCUCUGAACAUGUCGCUGCAAUUUAACUCGAGGGAACGAGAACUGAGUCUGAAGAUCAUGCAGGCGUUUGCGAGGUUCGCAGCCACAGGAAAACCUGUUACCGACGACGUCAAUUGGCCAUUGUACACGAAAGAGCAACCGCAAUAUUUUAUUUUGAAUGCAGAAAAAAAUGGUAUCGGCAGGGGACCUCGUGCACAAGCUUGCGCCUUUUGGAAUCACUUUUUGCCAAAACUUAGAGAAAAUUCCGGUUCAGACGACCCGCCCUGCGUAAACACGUACCUGAGCAAAAUCGGAUCAUCAUCAACAAGACUAUUACACAAAUCGGCUACCAUUCUACAAACAAUAUUCAUGUUAAUUUUGAUCCUUACGGGAAUCUAAAUUCCUUAGAGAAGGCUCAAUUUUGCAUAUUGUGUCACCUUGAAAUUUAGAAACAAAAAGCCACUUUAUAGUUAAUUAGAUGGCCCUCAAUUUUUUCGAGGGUAAUUUUAACGAGAUUUUUGUAGCCGCAGUGGGGCAAGGGUUGGGGUUUUUUGAAGAUGUUUUUGUUGGGAAAAACCUAUUAAUUGUUGGCCAAAUUAGAGGAAUUUAAAUAAAGAAUAUUUUUGAUUGAAAUUAAAAAAAUUAUAUUAUUCCUCAAUUUAGCGGUUGUGAUUUAACAGAGAAAUUUGUGUGGAAAUUUUAGAUGUCUUAAGGUGUUAUAACAGUAAGAAUUAGAUGUUGUUACAUAUACAAUGUGUAUUAAACGGUAGGCAUAUUUUGCUGCUAUAAUUUGGUGUGCAAAAUUUUAGUGUUAAAUGUGCAAAGAUGAAUUUUGGUUUAAAAUAAGUUUUGGUGUCAAUGUUCGCUUGAAUAUUUUAUAUUUGGUUGCCAAUCCUCGCCUCACUUUAUAGAAAAUUCUUAUUAUAUUUUUCUAUACGACUCACUUGUUUUUAAAUCUUAUUAUAUAAUAAUUAUUGCUGAAUUUAGAUGAUUAGUUAGAUAAAAUUAAAUAUACUUAUAUAUUAGGGAAAUUUAGUUGUGUUUUUAGGGAUUUGUGUUGUGUGGCAGGUUAAAGGCUCAUUUACACAGAUGAGGACAUAAUUGUGCCGUAUCUGAUUAGCAUUUUAUCAUCCAAUUGUUGAUGUUAAAGUUACAAGUUUUUCAGUUUACUUUAGAGUCACUUGAUUUAUUUUGUUAUUUUAAAAUCAUCCAGAAUAAGUAAAGCAUACUAUAUGAUGAAGUUGUUACGGAGUUACUAGAUUUUUUCCGAAAAUGUGUGCGCCUCUGACUUUUUAAUUACUUUAAUUCAACUAUUUGCGCUAGGUAAUUUUUGGUCAACCCCGCGGUAGUGAUUUAACUUGAUUAUCGCACACCACAAUAAUAUUGAGGGUGGCGCCCGAGAUAACCGUUAAAAAUAGAAAAAGAAAAUCCAAAAGGGCGCUACAUAAAUUGAAACUUCUGUUUCCAGCAAUUGAAUGUUCCUGCUCGGGUGCUAAAUCUUUGUCACCUUGGCGAUUCCAAGGUGACCAGCGAUGGGGAGAUCGUGAUUCUCUUCCAAAACGGCUUUAUGAGUAGAUUUUGGCACGCAUAACUUCCAAGGAUCGAUGAAGUUACGAAUGCCAUCUGAUGUUACAAGAUGUCCUAAGUAACGCAGGGAUCGUUUUCCAAAUUCACAUUUCUCGGAGUCAAGCCGUAGAUCAGCCUCUCUUAGUCGGCGGAAUAAUUCUUCCAAGUUUUGUAAGUCUCGCCAAGAUUAUUUCGUCCAGAUAUGCGAAACAGUAGUUAUCUAGUUCCGGUCUUAUAAUACGGUCCAUUAGCUUUUGGAAGAUGGCCGGUGCAGAAUGUAAUCCAAAGGGGAUAACCCGGAAUUGGAACAAGCCCAUUCCUGGUACUGUAAAUGCAGUAAUCGGUUUACUUUCUUCCGACAGAAAUAUUUGCCUUGUUUUAAAUCGAUGUUGGAAAUGUAACGGGCUCUCCUUAGUUUAUCCAGAAUAGAGUUGAUGAAAGGAAGCGGAUAAGCGUCUUUUCGACUUACCGCAUUUAUAUUUUGGAAGUCAAUGCAAAAACGGUAUUUUCCAUCCUUCUUUUUCACGAUGACUACAGGAGAACUCCAAGGACUGUUUAAUGGUUCAAUAAUUCCGUCUUCCAACAACUUCGGUGUUAACAAGUUCCUGCAUUCUUGGAUUUUGAGGGGUGUUGUUAUCGCUGUUUGAUCGGUUCCGGAUUAAGCGAAUGUACAAAGUGUUCCACAAAAGGAGUGGUGCCUUUAAUGUGGUCAAACUUUCGGUCCAGGAAUUUCUGCAAAAGCAUCUCCUCAGUGGAUGUCAAUUCUAUGUUCGGGGGGCCAUCUAUUGGACCAAUUGGACUACAUAAGUUAGGAAGAGGCAGAAGACGUUUUUGUAUAUAAACGUUUCCACUGCCCAGGUCCAGAUGAAACUGGUGCCGGUUCAAGAUAUCCAUCCCCAGCAUAAUAUCGGAUGACAAGUUUGUAAAGUAGUUAAUAGUCUCGGUCAAGAUAAGAUCUCCAAGCUGUAACGGUAUCUGGUAAGCUUCGGAGAUGUCGAUUACACCACCGUGGGCCAUUUUGGCGCUUCUAACCGUGGGUUGUACUUUGGGGUAGUUGUGGAGACGGCAUAUGUUUUCAGCGAAGUCUCCCACGUAUGAGUUAGCGGCUCUGGUAUCGACUAUGGCCGAGAACGGGGUCUCACACAUGCGGGCUAAAAUCUGGUAGACGAAUCAUGUUUAGAUUUUGCGGAGGGUCUGGUUUACUCGAGGUUUUCCGUGUAGGGUGCUGAACUGACCUCGGACUAGGACAGCACCGGGUUAGUUUCCCGAACGGUUACGGUGGCAGUUACUAGAAACUUUUGUUUGAAACGACAGAACGUUGAACUCAGAUGGCACUCUGAGAAAACCGUCGAGCGGCUUCGAGAAGUUAAGUGACAAAUAAAAACACGGGGGAACAGAAACGGUGCACCAGGUCCGAAAACCAGUCUAACCUUCGAAGGUUUGUGUGUUUUUGUCAAUGUCUCGUCUGUACUGUAGUGAAAAAGAGGUUUUUCCUAAAAACCCUCCAUAAAAUUCAAGCUAGAGGUAGUUUCGACUUUUUUCUUCUUAUAAAACUCUGUUCUAACUCGGCGGCAAAUCUAGCCUUUGUCUUUGUUUUGAAAUUGAGAUUUUUCCGUAAAAAAUUUCAAGAAAAAUUCAAGCUGGGGGUAGUUUCGACUUUUGUCUUCUUAUAGAACUCUGUCCCAACUCGGCGAAGCUAAUCUAGCUUAGAGUUAAAUUGAAAUUGAGAUUUUUUCCUAAAAAAGCCACAAGAAAAAGUCAAGCUUGGAUAAUUUAGACUUUCUAGUCUUUUUGCAAAUUCUGUCCCAACUUGGUGAGCCUUUGGAGGAAGAAAAUGAAUAUUUGAUUUUUGAGUUUCAAUUCGACGUGGAGUUUGCAGAAGAGAUGAGAAUUUUCAUAAAAAUUCACGAAAAUCGUCGAGGACGGACAUGGGGGGUCGGGAACCUUUGAAGAAGGUGUCCAAAAGUAUAAGUGACAAUCGCGGAGGAGGAGUCUAGAUUUCCUAGAUGGAAAGCUGCAUGAAUGUGUCGAAUUGGAAACGCGGGGCUCAAUUUAGAACCAGAAAUCAAAAAUGCGGAUUUCCUUGCGAAGAACUGGGCUUUUCCGGAAGCCUUAUUUCGCGCCCGAGGAGUUAUAACGUUGGCUUUCUCUUUUCUGUCUUCGUACCUAUGAGGUAGCUCGCACCAACAACGCUCUGAGAGGUUCGUCUACCGGCCACAUAAAGUGAUCCCUAAGGCAAGGUGACCCACAGCAAAGCGUUGCCAGCCUAAUACGCGCUCCUAAGUGCCGGCUACAUGUCACAGCACUUCUGUCGAACAAAUGAGGGGAGAGCUGUUCUUGUCUCUAGCGUAGAGAACGGGGCAGACAGGCGAGAUGAAGUCUCAAUCACUGCCUGAAGAGAACUGACUGACUCUGGCCUGAAAAUAUGUUCCGGCGAUACCCUUCAUAAGCUCCGCCCACAACGAAAAACAGCCAAUCCCAUGCAACGCGACAUAUGAUAAUACCCUGGGAUGUACAGAUUUCUUGAAGUUUCUCCAAGAACGUCACAGGGUCCAUCAAAAUGGAUAUUCCAUUUAUGAACCUUCAUCGGUAUAACUGGGGACCCAUGGGUGCCAGGAGAAAUCGGUGGUUGGAUGGUAAUAGUCGGUACCGGUGUGAGAAUUGUCUGAGUUGUAUCAGAUGGACUGGUUGUUGUCAGGUGAGCUGUAGUACUGGCGGUCGAAGCAGUGAUGUUGGGAGAAGUUGGGAAUGUGAAACCGGUCAUUGUUGUCGGUGCUGGUGUAGCUUUUCUUAUUCGAAUAAAGGUAACUAGCUUCUUUUUUUUAAAUGUCAACGGUACCGGUAGUUUCUCGACCGAAUUUAUUCAGCUCCACAAGCAAAUCGUCCUUCUUUAAUUGAUAUACCCAACUCACAUGGACAUCAUUGGGGUCAUACCAACCGGGGUGAGUUAUCGUCGGGAUAGUAACAACUGGGUUAGACGGACUGGUUGUAACUACAACGAUAUUUGGGGUACUCGUAACUGGCGGGUCUCCAGCGGUGUUGUUGCCUCCAGUCAUCAUGACUGAGAUUUACAAAGGACUGGUCAAGGGAAUAAUUCUGGUGGAAACUUCUUUUUCUAGCAAUUGAAUGUCCCUGCUCGGGCGCCAAUCUUUGUAGCGGUUUUUCCUUUUCUAACUUUAACGGUUAUCUGGGCGCCACCCUCGGGAUUAUUGUGGUUGAGGGCCGACGUGUACCAGGUAGCUUGUUACAGUGGAGAUCAGGGGUCGGAUCAGAUGCUAGAAGUUAUUCCUUUUAUACCUCCUGGAAACUCUAAAAGAAGACAUGAAAUCAAUAUUAGGGUCUGGUAUUUAUUGCUACAAAUUUAUAACAGUAAAUAAGGCAAUUCCCAUAUUAAAAUAAAACAUUCCUUAGGCAUAGUGAAUGAAGCGGGCGUGCAAUGAGGAGAGUGAAAAUGUGUAUGUGUGCGUGCGUGUAGAUUAAUGAUAACGGGCGGUUUUUAAGCAAGCGGUGAGUAACAGAAAAUUAGUAGCGGUCAUGCUAUAUAAUAGCGGUUAGAUCUUAACUGUUUUAACUGUUUCGAAUACUGAUGUACCCGUCCCACACUUUAUGUAAGACAUCUCGGAUACGGACAUGAAUUUACUGAACUCGGGCCAGACUGACUUAACCCAACGCCGUUCGUUUGUAAGGAAAACGCUCGAGGAUGGAAGGGCAACCCAGUGGGAGAAAAUACCAUGGUGCGCGCUUCGACUACUAUAGGUCCAAAGCCGGCGGCGAAGCUUCGAGCGUAUGACCAUACCAACUGCUACUUGCAGCAAGGUCACGCGGAAAAUAUUGCUAUAUUUAGGAAUGAAUAAUAAUUCGGAGAUAUUCAAGAAAGCCGCUCUUCUUCUUAAAAUCCAAGAAAAGUUGUGUGACUUUAGUUACACAAAUAAUUAAAAAUCAAGUUAAAUCACUACCGCGGGGUUGGCCGAAAAUUACCUAGCGCAAAUUGAAGUCAAAGCCGCACACAUUUUCGGAAAAAAUCUAGUAACUCCGUUACAAAGUGUGUAAAUGGGCCUAAAGUAUGAUAUUUUGUAUUUGUGCUUAUAAAAUAGGCUAUUUUUUUUGUGAAACAUUUCCACUUUAUAAUCGAAAUACAAAAUAUCGAUUUUUAGAGAGACGAAAAAAGGCUUAUAUACCUAGUUUAAGCUUAAAAAAAAAAUACAAAAAAAAACAAACAAAUAGUAUAAAACCUGAAAAAUCAAUUACCAAAAGCUUUUUCGGCGUUCAGAAUAUAAAUCAAGCCAGAGUUAAUAGUAAUGUCAAUAUACUAUAUAGAUGUUCGUCGCAAAUCACUCUCCCUGGAUGAAAAACAUGUCAAUAACAGAGUGCGUUCGCUAUCUGUGGUUUCUAUCGGAUGGGGUUUUACGUUUUAUACAAAAUUGUAAAGUUCGUCGAAUAUACGACGUGACAAGGUCGAAUUUGGUCACGGUCUUAAGGGAUUUUGAGGCAAAUAUUUUUAAUAAUAUGUGAUAUGACUAUUGUUUGAUUGCUUAAAAAUUAGGAAUCAAUUUUGAUUGUAGGAGUAGAUCCAUUGAUUCCUAAUUUCUUUUCACACAUAUUCUUGACAUAGUAUAAAACUAAAGUUGCAUCUCUCACACCCGAGUUUAUACUAAGUCAUUGACAAUCAAUGUUUCAAAGAAAAAUUCUUAUGUUAGAUAAGGGCUUAUAUAAUAUUAGUCAAUGUGUAGUUUGUAACGUAACCUAAAACAUAUCACAUUAAAAACUGUAAAUCGUCACAUACAUAUCAGAACAAGCAGGUGAUAAAAUAAAUAAUUUUCGCGUAUAAUAUAAUUUAUAAAUAUUGAGCCAAAAUAAUAUUUAUAGUCACUGUAAAGUUUAUAUACACUGGGUUUUUGUAGAAAUUGCUUGCAGUCAAACUUUCAAUAAAUUUAUUUUCUUCUACAACGAAUUUGAAAAGGUUUAUGUGGCCUAAUAUUUCGUCAAACAAUUAUCCACUUUUAUUCAUGAAACUAUUGUAUAAAGAAAAAAAUAUAUUUUAGACGAUAUUGUUCGUAUCGUCUUUUCACAAGGUGUCUUUCAUGAAGAUAGUUAAGAUUAGAACACAUCUAUUGAAUGUAUAAAGAAAAAUGUAACAUAAUAUAAGUUUUGUGCAAGACACUUUGCCCAAUCACGCUUAAAUUGUCAAUUUCGAUGUACAAUAAUCUUGUAGGACUGCUUUACAUGAUCUUUUUUGGGAAUCUUAAUGCAUUAAUGCAAUGCAACAAUUAGGUAAAGAUAAAUUAAUGGACAAAUUUGAUGGAAUUUAAUCGUUUUCAAUGACAACAACCAAUGAAAUAGGUACGUAAUGUGAAUAAAUGUGAAUUACUAGAAAGUUGAAUUUGGUGCAAAUACGUUGUCUUACUGAUACACAUUAUUAAAAAUUGUCGAUUCAAAAUUUCAGGAAACAGGGUAUCAAACCACCAUAUUAUAUAUUGAUGAUUUUAAAAGGCAGCACGUGACCCCAGAGAAUCAUAUACAGAAGUAGUACCACGAAGUAGAGAAUAUCGAAUCCACACGUUUCUCGAAAGUGAGAUUUGGUUCAACAAUGAGAAAUUAUCUAAAAUAAGCAAGCCUACUACACUAGAUCCAAAUUUUCCAUGAUGGAUAAAAAGUAUGUUGAAAAUUUCGGAAUAAUACGAACAAACUUCAAAGAAUAUUGUUCAAUGGAAUUUUAAAUUGGUUUCAUUAUCGCGAAAACUGUGAAACUAAUGUAUUUUUCCUUGAUUUCAUAUAAUGGUACAUUUGUUUGAAUGGAGAUGGCGCAGAGGCAUCUUCUACCACUGCAACCUUGUCAGAUUUCUUGUGGUUUCUCCUAUCUGUCCUUAGAGUGCAUUCUCUAAACCCGUCCUUUUUAUUAGAUUACAGAGACAUGAUACUGACCAUCCCAUGUUAAGUCUAGGAGGUGGCGUCGGAAACAUGCAAGAGUUUUCUGAAGGCUGAUAUUUUCAAAAUGGGUCGUACUUCAGUGAUGGAAGGCUAGUGUACAGUCAGCACUCACAGUUCCGGGACAGCUGGCGUUGGGACUCGCGCAAAGUUGUGAUUUUAAGAAGCAUCUUAACUAUUUUUUCAAAGCUCAAAAUGUAUAGAAAUUUUGCACAUUAUCUGUUUGAAGAUCAUAGAUAACGUAUGUAAAUCUGCAGACGUUUAGGUAGCUGCAAGAAGGGAGUCAGACGCCCUGAAAGUUUUUAUUUUAUGGCAUUUUCUUCGGUGUCCCUUCAAAUAUAUUUGUCACAUACCUGCAAGAAUAUAUUUUGAUAGGACACCGAAGAAAAUGCCAUAAAAUAAAAACUUUGAGGGCGUCUGACCCUCUUUAUACAGCGACCGAGACGUCUGAUGAUUUACACACGUUAUCUGUGACCUUCAAACAGAUUACGUGCAAAAUUUCGAUACAUUUUGUGCUUUGAGAAAAUAGUUUAGAUGCUUCUUAAAAUUUCAACUUUGCCCGCGUCCCAGGGACAGCUGUCCCGGAUCUGUGAGUGCUGACUGUACACUAGCCUUCAAUCACUGAAGUACGACCUAUUUGAAAAUAUCAGCCUUCAGGAAACUCUUGCAUGUUUUCGACGCCAGCUCCCCAACUAUGUAGCUUGCGGGAUUGGGCUUUCUCUCUUCAAGCCUCGCAAACCUUAGCGCUUCGCAAUGGCACCAUAUUACGGCAGUUUCUUCCGCCUCCUGGCAGAACCUGCACAGGCUUUUCUCUACCAGGCUCAUUCUUUCCAGGUGCUUGUUGAGUUUACAAUGUUCUGUUAAUUGGCCUACCGUUAUCCUAACAAUCUUGCGGCUGUGGCUUAGUAGGCUGUGAACUUGGGCGAGUCGGAUUUGAUGAACUUCUUUGCCUGUCGUUGUCCUGGUGUUCCCUGCCCUUAGCUUCUGUACUCUCUCUGUCUAUCCAGUUGUUGAUAGAUGUUUUAAAACUGCCUGCAGAUAUUCCGCAGAAUGGUUCUGGGCCUAUCAUCUCAGUGGCCGAGCCUCCUUUGGUUAAGUCAUCAGCCUUUUCAUUUCCUGGGAGGCCCCCAUGGAAUGGUACCAAGGAUAUGGUGAGUUUAUUGGACAAGCACACCUCCUCUAGGGUACGUAUACACUCCCCAACCAGCUUGAAGCUGAUUUUUCUGGAGCUGAUUGCCUUUAGGGCUGCCUGGCUGUCCGAGUAAAUAACGAUAUUUUUACUCUUAACUUUCCUUUCGUUUAUCAGUAUGGCUCAGUGCAUUAUUGCAGCGAUUUCCGCCUGAAACACCGUGACGUACUGUCCGAGACUUAUGGACAUGAACCAUAAAGUGAUACGCUGUAUUUCAAAACAACUUUCAAUUAAUAAAUUCAAUACAGCUUUUCGCUUUUAAAUUGCUAUAAUAGCAUUAAUGACUGGAUUGUCGAUUUUACAUAAAAUGAAAACUUGAUCUUCUGAGAUUACAAUGGUUGAAAUUGCUGAGUGUUGAAAAUGAAUGAUUUCAACAACAAAAACCAUGAAAAUAAUGAAUGCGCCAAAAAAUCCAUGUGUCAAUCAAUAAUAUUCACAUAAAAUCGAACUGUCAAAUGUUCUAUAACCGCCAGUAACCCACGUCCCUCGCUAAAAUUUCAACGGUUAGAGAUUUCCAGUUACCGCUUAUAACACAGUUAGUUGCUGAAAAAUCCUUAGAGUAAUACUCUAACAUCGACUACAGUCUGCACCAAUAAAAUAACGUAGAUCCUUAAUUACUGCGAGGCAGUAUUUAAUAGUUUCAAUAACUCUCUACUAUUGUUCAUUUUGCGAAAUUAAAUACCUACCAUAACAUCCAGUUAAGUUGACUAUUUUGGUGUACCCACAACCAACAAAAACAUUCCUUAUAAUUGGCGCCCAACGAACGUGGGGCUACGAAAAUUGUGUGAAAACUUGUGUUUUCAUUGAAACAUUCGUACAAUCUGAGAUCAACGAGAAAGAUGGCUUCAUUACUCUCAAACGAACAGUUUCAAGAACUAUUAACAGGCGAUUUCGCCUCGGUUUGGUACCCCAGUUUGGUCUGUCAAACAGGUACCAAUCAAUUUCGGAUAGGAGAAUGAUUCCGUCACGGCAACUUUAAUAGGCGCUUUGGUCUGUCAAAUGCUAUACCGCGGUUUGACUGGGUAGUGGAGGAAUGGUAGCUUUCUUUCUCUUUUUGUCUCAUGUCCAAUUAAAACAUGCGGGUGCAUUCAACGGUCGUAAUUGCAUCCUUGCAUGUCUAUACCGCCCGCUUCCAGCUUCUAGAACUUCCAACUCGCGAACCUUGAACACUUCACUCCUCUGCCGAAUUGUCGCUGUCGAUUGGCAACAUGCACAACUUGGUGAAAGCUCGCCUAGUAACACCAUUGCUUGUCUUCAAAUCGGCCACUCUGUUCACACCAUCGGGUGCAGGAAACACCACACACACUCGGCCUAGCUUCCAAAGUUUAGGCUGAAGAUUAUCCUCCUUGAUGAGCACUAAAUCAUUGAGCUUGAGGGCUGGUUUGUUGAGUUUGCUUUUGUGUCGUUGUUGUAACUCGUUCAGAUAUUCCUUCUGCCAUCUACUCUAGAAAUGUUGUUGAAUUUAAUUGGAAGAGCUGAUACCUUGGAAGUCUGUUGGCAGAGAUGUGAUAUGUCUGACGUAGCUGGACGGCCCAACAAAAAAUGAGCAGGAUCCAGGGGGUUCAGAUCGUUAGAAUCGGAUGACAUUUGACAUAUAGGACGGGAAUUUAUUAUUGAUUCUAUUUGAACCAGCAGAGUGUAUAGUUCCUCAAAUGUAAAUACCACAUUGUCCAUAACCCUUCGCAGAUGAUGUUUACAGCUUUUUACCCCAUUUUCCCACAUACUACCUAAAUACGGAGCCCGUGGCGGGAUGAAAUGCCAUUGCACGCCAUGAUUAGUGACCGAAGCUUGUAAAUGAUUUUGAAUGUCCUUAUUAGUGAUAAAUUCCUUGAAUUCUGAGCAAGCAGCUACAAAAUUACUCCCGUUGUUUGAAUAGACAUGAGUUGGCUUCGGGAUACAAACCUUCUGAAUAAAGCAAUGAAACAGCUCGUUGUGAGCUCCGUUACUAGUUCAAGAUGCACAGCUCGUGUCUUGAAGCGAAUAAAGAAAUCCAACACUUUGAAAGCCUUGGCUACCCUUAUGGUUUUUUGUUGAAUAAGGUCCUGCAUAAUCAACCCCUGUUACUUGAAACCGAAACCCUCGAGAGGAAGGUAAUUCCCCCAGUAAAGGAUUUUGAAUGGUUGCCUUGAAUCUAAAACAUGGUAUACACUCCUUACAACGUUUUUGACUAAAUACCGGCCUGAUACUGGCCAGAAUUUCUCUCGGACCUUGCGCUUAUAGUAGCGGGGACCCUGUUUACGGUAUUGGACAUGAAGGACGGGUACUUUCAGGUCAUGUUAGAUAAACAAUCAUCAGAUUACUGUGCAUUUGCAACUCCAUUUGGGAGAUUUAAAUUUUGUCGCAUGCCAUUUGGCAUAAGCUCAGCACCUGAGGUUUUUCAAAAAUUAAAUUAUGAGCUAUUUGGCGAUAUCAAAGGGGUUAAAAUUUAUUUCGAUGAUCUCAUCAUCACAGGUUCAUCUGAAUCGGAACAUGACCAAAAGUUUGAUGAAUCAUUUUUCAAUCGACCCUCAACACAAACUACUCCAUUCUGGCAAAAGGGAAAAAUAUUUAAAAUGGAACUUUUAGGAGAAAUGAGCUUACCCUGAAAUAGAUCGCUAUAUUCUUGUGGAAAACAUUCCUUUUGAAUUUCUUGGGAUACCUUUAACAAACCCAAGUAAACCUCAUUUGCCGUUAAGGGUCCUGAUAUUUUAUUUUUUGUGAGACAAUUGUUCUUGAACCUGUAAAUCCAAGCAAUUGCUCGAUUAAGCCUAUUGGAAUUAGAAAAACGUUCAAAAGAAAUGCAACUCUUGUAAUUAUUUUCCUUGGUUAUCAUCAAUUGAGAAAUUUUGUUCUUACUGAAUGUAUUCUGGUUGAUGCAGAAACUCUGGACCUUCCCACUACAUUUGAAAGUUUUCUAUUUGACUUGGCAAUAAGCCCCUGGUGAGUAAGUCCGCUGGAUUUUGCUUGCCAGGGACUUGACUCCAAUUGAACGAACCUGUCAUCUCUUGCAUUUCAGCCACUCUAUUACUGACAAAUGUUUUGAGUUGAUUUGGAGGAGUUUUCAACCACCCCAAAACAAUCGUAGAGUCUGACCAAAAUGUACAAGAGACUGAAUUCAACCUCAAUAUCUCAAAUAUCCUAUUCGCAAGCUUAGACAAUAAAUGUGACCCGCACAAUUCUAAACGUGGCAUGGUGAAUGUUUUCAAUGGUGCCACCCUUACCUUUGAACAAAAAAGUCGCACGGAAAUAACACCAUCUGGAUUUAAAGACCUUACAUAAAUAUAUAUGCCAAGGUUGACGCAUCUGAGAAACAAUAAAACUGGAAUGUGCUUACAUCAAAUACUGUCCUAGGUAUUUGGAGGUUGUUGAUGUAAUGCAAUUCUGAUAUACAUUUGAGCCAUGCCCUUCUGUCUUCUUCAGGAAGUUUGUCAUCCCAAGAAAGCCUAAGGACCCACAGCCUUUGAAGCAUAAUCUUAGCAUAUAGAAUACAUGGUGAUAGCAAUCUUAACGGAUCAAAUACCCUGGAAAUGGAUGAUAGCACGCUGCGCUUAUUGACUUUAUAUUUUAAAUAAUCCUGUGUACUACACCAAACCAAACCCAAUGUCUUUUUAUCGGCUUCAAGUAUGACUUCAUCUGAAUUAGAAUCUGUGUGAAGAUUUUGAAUGAAAUCUUGACCGUUGGAUCGCCAUUUGCGCAACUCAAAGCAACCUUGCAAUAAAAUAUGUGACACCUGAUGAGCUAAUGAAUAUGCCUCCUUGAUUGAAUCCGCGCCCGUCAACAGAUCGUCGACGUAAAAAUCAGAUUCAAUCACCCUUGAAAUUUCUGGAUAAGAUUCACGACAAUCAAUGCCUGACUGAAACAAGUUCAUAAUAGCUAAAAAUGACCCUGACCGUCUGACGCAGUACCAUGACGGUGUUUAACUCGAAAACCCUGAGAGGAUCAUCUGAAUUUUUGCGCCAAAGAAUCCGCUGCAACCGCCUAUCUGACUUAUCAACCGCUACCUUCCUAUACACUUUGAAGCUGUCUGAUUAAUACGGUCUAUGUGACCUUGGUACCCCAGGCAACCGAAUUAUAGGUUAUCAUUGGUCUAACACCAUUUUGUAUAACCAUAGAUUCAUCUUUGGACUCAAUCCCCAGAUUUUUUCAAAAAGCCUUCUGCAUCUUCCGAAGGAAAUUUUAGCCUUAAGGUGUGGACCCCAGGUCAUCCUUUGGUCAAAAAUAAAUCCUAGAUAUUCGACCCCUUUUGAGAAGGGGAUUUCCGCUCCAUUAUGCUUAGGACAUCGAAGUCCUUUUAGUACUCUUCUCUUUGUAAACAGGACAAUCACGGUUUUCUGCGGAUUAACCGACAAGCCUUCAUCCCUGCACCAGUUAUCUACUAUGUUCAGAGUUCUUUCUGAGACAUGUUCUAGAUGCCUACCUCUGACUACGAGGACCAUAUCAUCCACGUAGCCGAGACAGUAGAAUAUCUCCUUGGCCAUUUUUGCCAGGAGAUCGUCGACCAGGACCGCCCAAUACAAUGGCGAUAAAACACCUCCGUGUGCACAGCCGGCUGGCUUCUAUCCAGUUACAUACGGUAUAUGGAAUAUUCUUACGCUUGGGUGCGUUCAUUUGUGAUGGUAGUCCGUAGACUUUUCUGGUUGGUGUUGGUAGGCAUAUUGGCGAUCGCUUAGAGGAUAGAGUCUUUAAUUCUCUCAUAUGUUACCAGUUCCUUUGCCCUAUUCCAAUCCACCUUUAAUGGUCUUCUGGACUUUCGGACGUGAUCUAUCGGCCUAGAUUGAUCAGUGAAUAAAGAUGAUCCUGGAAAGUGGGUAUCUAUUAUUAGCCCUAAGCUUUCCUAGUUAGGGCUCGUGUGGGCCCUGUUCCAUCUUUUUAGGGAGCAGAGAGUGCUCGCAGUACCUUCCCUUGCAAGAACUUUGUGCACCCUAGCGCACACCGGCGUUUGUGUAAUUUCUUCACAGAAUCGCUCCCUUUUUUUUUUUUGCCUUGCAGAUCUCUUUAUUAUACUGCGUACGUUUUACCUUUGCUUUGUCCUUUUCCUCCAUCUUUUGCCUUUCGUGACCAGGUUCUGCAUUCUAGCUCUUGAUGACCUUGUCCUCUGUUAGGUUGUCGAUCUCCUCCAGGAAGUUUGCUUUGUAGUUGGACUUGGCACUGAAUUUGCCUUUGACCUCACCUUAUUUAAUUGGAUUUUAUUUGUCAUUGAUUGUACUCAUACUUGGUCCCACGAGAAGCUAGGGAAAUAAAGGUCCACCCAGCCAAAGCCCCGCAUGGUCGGGUAAGGCUUGGAAUACAGGGGGUGCAGUCCUCCGCACGUUGCCUUCCACCUUGACUUAGUAAUAGAGUGAUAUGUAAAUGUUUUGCCAAGUCCCUUAUCGCGAAAUGCCUAUCGUAGCCGCUCAAAUUAUGAAAUACGAUAGGAACUGCAAAAGAGCUUUUAUAGCAAAUUACAGUCACAGUGAGCAAAACCUCUAAAAUCUCCAGUGAGGUGACAGUGAUCUCUAACGAUUUUAUCAGUUUCCUUGAAAAAUGGAUGAUUGACCUACUAAAUGAACGAAAAAGAUCAGAAAUCCUGUUCUUGUUUCAAAAAAUGAGAAAACUGAAAAAUUACUAACAAUAUCCUGUUGUCACAAUAAUUGUACAUCAAAAAUUUCCAGCUGCCAGCUUUCUCAACCUGUCUAAUGUCAGAUUUAUUUUUAACAUACUCUAUCUGAUAUGGUCAAUAGCACAGAUUUGAUUUAUUUGAAAAAUUGAACAGUACAUGCAUACGACUCAUAUUAUACCUACGUAUCUGAGGCAACUUCAACUAUCUAAUAUUUAAACAGUGGUGAAUGUUUUAGCUCAACAAAAUAAAUACAAGAAUAAACUAAUUUAUUAAGUAACUCAAAUUCCACUCGAAACAAAAUUUAAUACCUGGGAAAUGAUUUGUUAAUCCCAGCCGCAAAAACCAUCAUAAUUAUAUACGAGCUUAUGCUUCUCGCAAUAGCGUCGACAUCCAAAUAAGUAAACAGAAAGAUGGGUCGAUGCAAUGUAAGCAACUCAAACUAUAUGAUAAACCUAAAACUAAUUUGCGAAGUUGAGGAGAGACGCGCUCUGUGAGCUGAUGCCAGACAGGGACGAAUUUCGUCAACUCGAAAACUUUCCCCGGGAGAGAGCGACCGUUCCAUUUAGGAAAUCAUUGACUUUGGGAAACUUGGAAGUUAUGUUGAAUUUUUUCUUUUUGAUUUAGCAAUCUUGCGUACUAGUAAGAUUAUGAUCUUGAAAAUAAUUUUUAAACAUUCACCACUGAUUUUUGAACUAUCCACCAUAAUUUCAACAAAAUGUCUAUAGAGUAAAAUAGGGAAGCUAAUGUAGAAUACAAAUAGACAAUUAUUUUAAAAGUAGGAAUAAAUUUAGAUGUAUACAAGGUUAAAAUAAUUUUAAAAAAUAUAUAUUAAAACGGUACAUAUCAUAAAAAGAAAAAUUUUAUCUAGAGCAAGUAGUUUUUCGGCCUUUAAAUAUCCGUAGCGAAGAAAAUUUUAUGAAUAUUAUUGAUCUUUUGAAUGUUGGAAUUUUGAUUUAAUGGAGAAAAAGUAUGAUGAUAUUUUUCAUAACCAAAAUAAUUAUACAGGGUGUGUCAUCAUUGGAAAUGUUUUACUUCACUAUAGUGUACAUGCACCAGAAAACGUUAUCACACUUUAGUUCAUAAUGAAACACUUCAGAUUUAAGACCUUUUGAAAUCUUUCAAUUCAAGAACAUGUGAAAAUCUAGAGAUGGUCUAUUAAUCCACAUAUACCUGUGUAUACCUAUUUUUUCAUCUGGAAACAAAUACUUGUUUGUGAAUAUACAUAUAACGACGAAAAUUUUUGCUGACACAGCCUAUAUAUAUUAUAUUAUAUUAUACAAUGAUAAUACCAAUACAUAUCAAAUAUGUGACCUGUUUAAUAGUUAACCUGUCCAAAAAAAAAAAAAUAAUUACUUAAACAUACAUAUCACUUUACACACACAAAAAAAAUAUAUAAAUUCUUUCUGUUCUGUUAUUAUGCUACUUCUAUUGGCGAAUACUGUUACUGUAAAUUCUUGUAGAAGCUAGACACGAAACUAUAAACAAAACUAACGUAGACGUAGCGGAACAACAAAGUAUACUCGUAGAGCACUCAUAAUGUAACAUAAGAUAUGGUUACAGGCUUUAAUUUGUUCGCCAUUUCGAUGUGAUAUUUAUGCGAUACCUUUGUAUAUAAUCAGCUUAUGACUAGAAAAAUCUUGGGAAAAUGUUUAGCUAUAGACCAGGGUGUAGUAGAUACUGUAAAUUAGAUAAUAUAAAACAUUGUGAGCUUUGAAUUUUCACAUUUUGGUUUUGUAAAUUGAAAUGUUAAAAUCUAAAGCGUUGUCCCAAAAAAGAAUAAAAUAAACUCUUAUGAUUUAAAAAGGCUUUUAACUGUUUCGAUAUGGUUAUUAUUGAAUAUGACCAUAUUUGCUCUAAAGAGUCAAUAUUAAAUUAGAAAAAAUGUAGAUAAUAAGGUUUUAGAAAAUGAAGAAAUCCAUAUUAUGUGUAGCUUAAGUAAAUGAAAAAAAAAAAACUAUACACGUAGGCCUAUCUUGUACCAAACAUUUAUUAGUUUUAUAUACACUUCUACCUAUUUUGUUAUCUUUAUAUGAUAUUUGUGCGAAAAAUCUAAUUCUAAAAGUGUUAUAUUUGUCGCCUAUAGUCUUUAUUAUUUUGUGAAACCUUUGUAAUAUUUAUUAUUAUCUUGGUUGUCCUACCUUAUUAAAUAAAAUAAGGUAUAUUCCC